CUACUUUAUCCAUCGAACAUUAUCAGAGGGAGGUUCCAAGAUAAUGAAUUUCUACUGACUUCAUCAAAUGAUAUUAUGAUUAAGGGAAUAGAAAUCAUCAUGAGAAUUUUUGAUAUAACAUAUCUUUAUAAACAUUUCUUUGUGACUUACGAAUAUGAAUUUAUUAUGGAAGAUAUUGAGAACAUAAAUAUUGAAAUUGAAUACAAAAAUAUUACAAAUACAAUAGAGGUUAGAUCUAACGCAGUAGAGGAAUCAUUAAAAAGAAGGACAAAUGAUGUUAAAUUUGCCGUUGGAAUGAUCGUAACGCAUACAUACAAAGAUUCUUUCUCUCUUGAUAAUCAUUACGGUGUAAUCAUUGGGUUGCAUCGUGGAUAUGACAUAAAAAUCGAAGACAAAUUGAAGAAAACUAUUAUGUUUCCAUAUCUACAUAAAUGUCAACAAUUUUCAGCCAUCAACUGUACUACAUUAUUCUCACCAAGAAUGAUAUAGUAUGUUAUGUGCAACAAGGUAUAAUUAUUAGUAGCAUUCUUAUAAAUGACAUAUGUGUUUUUUGAUCUUUUAUCUGUACAAUGUAAAAUAUAUAUGUGUGUUCUUUUCUUUCUUUUUAAGAGUGAAUUCUUGAAUAAAUGUUUCAGCUGAUUUAUGUAACUCGGCUUUCUCAUUCUUUUGCACGAAAUUUUGCGAACUCUCAGGCAUAUUAAGAGACAUUAAAAAAGUCUCAUGAUGCUUCUUAAAGUUUUGCAGCCAAUUUUCUCGUGCGGUAGAUGCUGAUGGUCCACCAAAAUCAUUCGCGAAUUUAUCUGUUUUAGUUCUAAGCUGCCUAUCGGAAAUUGUGUAUCCCAAUUCAUUCUGCUCUAGCAACCAAUUAGACAGUUUUUCAUUCAAAAUAUCAUAUUUUAAAUAAUCGUAUUU